GAGCAAGAGGCCCCUGGAGUUGCUGGCACUGGGAGCUUUGGAGCAUCAACGGUAACAAUGACCCCCCUGCUUCUGCUGUGUUUGUCCUUGCCCCUCAUCUCGGCAACAACAUUGUUUGAAGACCAUGAAGACUUAGAUGGCACAUUGCGCGUCAGCAUCCCAUUGGAGAUGCCACUCCGUCCUCUGCUGGGCGGCAAGGUAGUGGUACCCUGUUACUUCCAAGACAACACCGUCAAUGACCCCGGAGCCCCAACCAUCGCCCCACUCUCCCACCGCAUCAAAUGGACCUACGUCACCAAGGAGAAUGUCACCACGAUCCUGGUGGCAUCAGAGGGAAAAGUUAAUGUGGAGACAGAGUAUUUGGACAGAGUGACAAUGAUCAACUACCCACUGGUGUCCACUGAUGCCUCUAUAGAGAUAACAGAACUGAGGUCUAAGGACUCUGGCACCUACCGCUGCGAGGUGAUGCACGGGAUUGAGGAUAACUAUGACUCUGUGAACAUCCAGGUUCUGGGUAUUGUGUUCCACUACCGAGCCAUCACCACCCGCUACACCCUGACAUUUGAGAAGGCUAAGGCAGCCUGUAUCCAGAACAGUGCCGCCAUCGCCACUCCGGCACAGCUCCAGGCUGCUUAUGAUGAUGGAUACCAUCAGUGUGAUGCCGGGUGGCUCUCUGAUCAGACUGUUAGGUACCCCAUCCAGGAGCCGCGAGAGCGUUGCUAUGGAGACAAGGAGAACUUCCCUGGUGUGAGAACCUAUGGCGUGAGAGAUGUCAACGAAACCUAUGAUGUGUACUGUUUUGCAGAGAAGAUGUCAGGCAGAGUCUUCUACUCCACGUCUGUAGAGAAGUUUACCUUCUACGAAGCAGGGGAUCAGUGUGCCAAACUCGGUGCUCGACUGGCCACCACCGGUGAGCUUUACCUGGCCUGGAAGGCUGGCAUGGAUGUGUGUAAUGCUGGCUGGUUGGCAGACAGGAGUGUGCGUUACCCUAUCAACAUCGCCAGGCCUCAGUGUGGAGGGGGGCUCCUGGGAGUGAGAACUGUCUACCUGUUCCCCAACCAGACAGGAUACCCCUAUCCAGACUCUCGCUAUGAUGCCAUCUGCUUCCAAGCUGGUGAGGAUGAAGGCGCAGUGCCCAUGAGGACCACCCCUUUCCCAGACAUCAUCCGCAUAACAACUGCCCCUGGGGUGUAUCCAGGCUUGACCCCCUCACCUGGAGGUGAAGAGAUUAUAGGCGGAGAAAUCGACACCCUCUUCCCACUCCCCGUCCCACCCAGUGUGACGGACACAUACACUAAAGUUGCUCAUGUGGUGCCUGGAUUCGAUCUGACGUACAUAGAUGCUCCAAUGGCUCCCACAGGUCUGGUGUUCCACUACCGAGCCAUCACCGGUCGCUACACUCUGACCUUUCUGGAGGCUCAGCAGGCCUGCCAAGAUAUUGGGGCUAUAAUUGCCAGCCCCAGGCAGCUGCAGGCAGCCUUUGAGAAAGGUUUUCACCAAUGUGAUGCUGGCUGGCUCGGCGACCAGACUGUCAGGUAUCCCAUCGUGUCACCCAGAGCAAACUGUGCUGGUAAUCUGCCACACCUCCCAGGAGUCAGAUCCUAUGGGCUGAGGCCAGCUGCCGAACGCUAUGACGUAUUCUGUUACGUGGAACGUCUGCGAGGUGAAGUCUUCUUUACGAGCGACUAUGACAGCUUCUCCUACGAGGAGGCUGUGCAGCACUGUCAGAAACUGAACACCACCCUGGCCACCACCGGCCAGCUGUAUGCUGCCUGGAGCCAAGGGCUUGACAAGUGUCGUCCAGGCUGGUUGAUGGACCGCAGUGUCCGCUACCCCAUCACAACCCCCAGGGCACACUGUGGAGGCGGUCAGGUUGGGGUACACAUCAUCUAUGCCUACCCCAACCAGACAGGAUUUCCUGAUGAGCACUCACGCUACGAUGCCUACUGUUUUAAAGCUGAAACUGAAACCAGUAUUGAUCAGACGAUAGUGACGGAGGAUGUCAUCAAGAAGACAACAGUCACAGUUGAUCAGCUUGCUCCCACGGCUGAAACUGAAACCAGUAUUGAUCUGACAAUAGUGACGGAGGAUGUCAUCAAGAAGACAACAGUCACAGUUGAUGAGCUUGCUCCCACACAUGAAACUGAAACCAGUAUUGAUCUGACAAUAGUGACGGAGGAUGUUAUCAAUAAGACAACGGCUGCAGUUGAUCAUUUUGCCCCAACAGUUGAAACUACCGUACCAUACAAUGAAACUGAAAUCAUUGUAAAUAUUACUGAAAUAGAGGAGUUUAUCAACAAGACGACCAUCACAACUCACCAUGUUUCUCCUCCCGUGAGACCCGCUUUACCUCCAGUCCCUAUUGAUGUGUCCGGCUCUGGUUCAGCUGAUCAUUCAGCUAGCGGAGAGAUCUCAGGGGAGUUCAGCGCCUCUGGGACCAGUGGUGACGCCUCUGGUUCAGGACAGGAUGUCAUCUUCAGUGGAGUCACUGAUGUCUUCUCUGGAGACCAGUCUGCCUCUGGAGGUCAGAUGGAGGCAGAAGGUGGAAGUGCUGUUAUCUUCACAUCUGGAGACCUUGGUAGUGCAUCUGGAUCUGGGGACGGGCUUGACAGUCAACACUCUGGCUUCGUUGUGUCAGGAUCAGGCUUUACCAGUGGAAGCGGGGACAUGAGCGGCAGCAGUGGAGACUUCACGAUCAUCAUUGUAGAUGGGAAGAUGGUGGAAGUGUCAAAACAUCAAAAAACCACUGAGCGCGAGUUAGGUCGGGGAGGCAUUGAUACCAGCGGGGCUUUCUUAGAAUCAAGUGCAUCUGGAUCAGGAAGUAUGUCUGGAUGGGGAGGUAUAUCUGGAUCAGGAGUUAUGUCCGGAUCAGGAGUUAUGUCCGGAUCAGGAGUUAUGUCUGGGUCAGGCUCUGGUGAAUUUUCUGGCAUCUCAUUUGUUGACCACAGUGCUGUUGACCUAACAGUCCAGCCAUCUGGAGAGCAGGAGGUGUCUGGAUAUCGCCCCUCAUCUGGUGUCUCAGCCAGUGGCUCUGCCUCUGGGGACUUUUUCCAUCACAGUGGUGAUGUCAUCUACCUAACAGACGAUGACAUGAUGGAGGUGACCGUCCCACCAGUGAUAGCCCACCCUGAACAGGGCCGGGGGGUCGUGGUGGUAAGCGGCGACGGCAGUGGAUCGGGGAUCCAUCAUGAAUUCAGUGGCAAUUUGGACUUGCAUUUCUCAGGAAGUGGAGUCCCUCAUGAACAACCACCUGCCUCUCAGAUUACUUACACUGAGCACACUGACCAAUCAGAACUUGAGGAGAAGGAAGGUUCUGCAGGACCUUUAACAACUGUAGUGACUCCAGACACAGCAUACACCAGCCCAACCACAGCGCCCUCUGUGUCAUUAGAAACUCCUGCUGUUGUGGAGCAGCCUGAAGUAAUGGAAGACCCCUGUGAUCCAAACCCCUGCAGGUCAGGCUUCUGCUCUGUGCAGGGAGAGCUCGCUGUGUGUCUGUGUCCUGAUGGCUUCACCGGUGAAGACUGCUCGACACCGGUGCAGGGCUGUCCUGAGGGCUGGUUGGAGUUCAUGGGCAGCUGUUACCUACACUUUGCUGAGAGAGACACCUGGUCUGAGGCUGAGCAACGCUGUCAGGAGCUCAAUUCCCACCUGGUCAGCAUCGGUUCCCAGGAAGAGCAGCAGUUUGUCAACUCCAAUGGUCAAGACUACCAGUGGAUUGGACUUAAUGACAGAGAUGUGCAGAACGAGUUCCGCUGGACAGACAGCAGUCCCCUGACCUUUGAGAACUGGAGGCCCAACCAGCCAGAUAACUACUUCAACUCCGGGGAGGACUGUGUGGUGAUGAUCUGGCACGAAGGUGGACAGUGGAAUGAUGUGCCCUGUAACUACCACCUUCCCUUCACCUGCAAGACUGGACCUGUCAUGUGCGGAGCUCCCCCUGAGGUGGAACAUGCCCGGCCGAUUGGCAGAGGCAGAGAGCGCUACCCUGUCAACUCUAUAGUCCGAUACCAGUGCGAUGCAGGCUACACACAGCGCCACCUGCCUGUGAUACGCUGCAUGCCAGGCGGGCUGUGGGAGGAGCCACAAGUGGAAUGUACAGAAGCCGGCGCCAACAGUAACCGGCUACACAAAAGAUCCCUCAGGAGGAGAAGUAAAGGGGUCAGCAGCCAACAGGAACAGAGGAAGCUGCUCUGAGCAGGAGUGAAAGGACAUACAACAGAGAGCCACAAAGGACCCCUCCUCUAAAGAAGCAUGGACACCAAUGCAAAUGCCCGACCAAAAAGAUAACAUUGCCUACCAUGUAUAUACCCAACUAAAGCACAUUUAGACGGUGAUAGAGCAACUGACUGCCGUUUUGUAUCCUUGAGUGUCACUCUGCACCUUCUAAAGGCAGUUUUCUGUGAAUUUAUACCAUGCUGUCUAAUUGAGAUUCAGUAUUUGGAUGUAUUAUCUCAAGCUCAAGAUUAAAAUUUCUGCAAUCAGUGGCCAGCACAGCACACAAAAAUAGAUAAGAUUGUCAGAUAGUGAUAAAAGAGGAUUUAGAGUGACACACAAGUCCAAAACAGCCCAAUAACAUAACAGUGUUUUCGAUUGCAGCUGGAUUCUCUGAAGUAAAACACAUUGUCACAUAGACUUUUGCUAUAUUGUAAGGUAUUUUUUUAGAUCUGUGUUUUAGUGUUUUUUAUUCCUUUUUUUUUGGUCUUAGACUCUAAGGACGACAUUUGUGUGCUUCAAACUGGUGGAACAAACAGUUUCUUACAUUUUAGACAGUGACAGUGAUUUUCAAACUUCUAGGUUGUGACCCCUGAAAAUAUAGUAAUGAGUACAUGUUAACAUGAAUGGUGAAGUUGUUUUCAUUUGAAUUAUCAGAGGAGGCCUGGAGGCUAGCAAAAAUUCAGCAUUGCAUAAAAUUCCAAGUAAAAGCAGGCUUUAAAGAAACCGCAACGGAAAUACUUUUUGUAAUACCAUAAACCAUUUUUCAAGACUCUAAAUUAUCUUGUCACAACCUCUAAGUUUGAGAACCACUGAUCAACUUCACCACCACAGUAUUGGAUAUACUGAAACGACUGUGCUUUGCAUUUGAUGAUGAUGAUGAUCGAUCGAAAUCCAAGUUCAAGACGUGAUUAAAGUCACUGCAACAGACCUGGAUUGAAACAGUCAGCACUUAUGCACUUUUGGGAGUCUUUGGUCACUUCUGUGCUAAUCAUUGGAAUCCAUCGCACCUUAAACAAAACACACACAAAACAAUCCUCAUCUGUAGCUGACACAUGACGGCAAAAAAUGAGUAACUAGUGAGAUAUGCGGUAUGAAACUGAAUGCGAGGAGUCCACCUCAUUUGAAGUUCAUCUAUUGCAAGAGAUGCGCACCCAGUUUUGCAGGUUGGGGUUUACAUUCGUGACUUCUCAAGAGCAGUCAGCGAUCUCUUUUGGCACUGGAUUACGCUUUCGUAAGAGUCAGUGUUUCCUGCUUCUCACUGUAAAUGUUCUCUCCACAGUUCUCAGAGCUGCAGGAUCUGUCAGUAACUUAAGCAGAGCAGACGAUUUGUUUGAUUAAUUCUUCAUCAACAUGUUUGCUGAUUUAUUAGUUUAAUUAACCGGUUCAGUCACAGUUAUGAGUUAGUUAUCAAGUGGGCAUGAACUCAAGAAGACAAAUCAAUUUUAAUAUUAAACUCUCAGAUAUUUUUUGCGUAAACCUAGUUUAUGUUAAUGCGACAGGGUCUUGUCAAAACUUGAGAAAUUACAGUUUUAGGAGGAAGAAGCUGUGAAAGCAGUAUAAAUUAUUUAAAAAAGUGAUGUGAAAAAAGACGGAGAAGGUUGAGGUUGUAGAGCAGGUUAUUAAAUAUUGACAAUGAUCUUCUAAGGUCAAGAUUUGCUUCAACUCUGAGAGCAGAUACUUGUGUCCACAUCUGACUUCUCACAGAAAAAUGCACAAACACUGAAACAGCACACACACACACAGUCAAACUGAUGCUGUCAUGGACACACACCUCAGUAAACACACUGCAGAGUAAGUCAGCAGAUCAGCGAGCCACAGUUGAACUCUUUGCUUGCUCACAGAUUUGUACGUUUUGUAAAAGUGGAAAAAAAUUAAUUAAGUCAAUUUGGAAGCUCCUGGUGUGAGCUGGAAUUUGGAAAUCUAUCACACGACAGGAUGUGCUCAGAUUUCAACAUGAAGCCAACAUUUGAAUGAUUUUGCAUCCGGCUUGUGUUUUGACAAAUAAACUAAAAUAUGUGUAACAGUG